AUGGCAUACCUGACUGCCAAGACUCUCCUGCUGCUCCUUGUCCUGGGGAGUAAAUUUGACUCAGCUGCUGUCCUGGAAGACUGUGUUUUCUUGGGGAAAGAAGAAACGAACAGUUUGUAUGAAGAUGGAGAUGUAGUUCUAGGGGGCUUGUUUCCUUUGCACUUCAGUCCCAUUUCUUCUAUUCCAACAUAUAAAACAAAACCAGAACCCAGCACAUAUAAAUAUUUCAGUGCCCGUGCCACGCGUUGGAUGCAAACAAUGACUUUUGCUAUCAAAGAGAUCAACCAGCGCAGUGACCUCCUCCCGCAGCUGAAGCUUGGUUUUCACAUCCGUGACAGCUGUGAUGACAUACCUGUGUCUCUGAGUGGGUCUCUCCUCCUGGUGAAUGGCCAGCCAGAGCCAGCCAGAGGCAAAAGUCUGCAGGGAGAUGAGGGUCUGGAUGCAGAAAAGGCUCAAACAACUUCAGGCUUAGGUUCAAACUUUGGCUGUGCUGCUGUACACACAACUAUGUCCCCUGUUAUCAUAGGGGAUGCAGCCUCUGGAGUGUCUAUGGCUGUGCUGAGAAGUCUGGGCCCCUUCAACAUUCCCCUGGUGAGCUAUUUUGCAUCCUGUAGCUGUCUGAGUGACCAAAAGGAGUUCCCCACAUUUAUGCGCACCAUGCCUAGUGAUGCCUUCCAGAUCAGUGCCCUGGCCCGUCUGGUGAGCUAUUUCGGCUGGACCUGGGUGGGAGUCAUUGGGGUGGAGUCUGACUAUGCCCACUUUGCCAUCCAGCACUUCCUCCAGGAGUUAGUACAGUAUGGUGUGUGUCCUGCCUACAUUCACUUCUACCCUGUAGUCCUGAGUCAGCAGGCUCUAGAUGAGCUUCUGGAUGUUAUUCAGGUAUCAUCCUCCAAAGUUAUCAUUAACUUCUCUGGUGAGUCAGAGCUACAGAGCAUCCUGAGAGAGAUCAGACACAGGAAUGUCUCCGGGCUGCAGUGGAUUGCCAGCGAGGCCUGGGCCACUGCCAAAUCUCUCUGGGAGGAGUUUGGUGAUCUCCUCAAAGGAACGCUAGGAUUUGGCAUCCGGAGAGCUGAAGUUAUUCCUGGGCUUAAAGAAUACCUGACUAGACUCAGACUGUCUGAUAUUUAUGAAUCGCCUUUCCUGACAGAAUUUUGGGAGGAGACGUUUAACUGUAGACUGAAUGGGUCUUUGAACGUACACUCUCACGGGGUCAGCUACCAAGACAGAAUGCCUUGCACAGGAAAGGAAGAUUUAGAUGACAUUUACUCUGCUUAUUCUGAUGUGAGCCAACUAAGAGUGUCCUAUAAUGUCUACAAGGCUGUGUACCUGGUGGCUCAUGCCCUGCAGGACAUGAGUAACUGUUUAACAGGGCAUGGGCCUCUCCAAAAUGGCAUCUGUGGAAACCCUAAGAAUUUUAAACCUUGGCAGCUCCUGCACUACAUGAAGCAUGCUAAGUUUUCUAUAUUGGGGGAAAAAGUCAACUUUGAUGAGAAUGGUGACCCCAUCGCUUACUAUGACCUCAUGAACUGGCAAAAAGGGCAUGAUGGCUCUCUGCAUUUGGUUAAAGUAGGCUUCUACGAUGCCUCCUUGUCUGCUGGGCACCACCUGGUCAUAAAUGACUCUGCAAUUCAGUGGCCUGUCGGGCAGCAGCCAGCCCAUUCUGUGUGCAGUGAAAGCUGCUCUCCAGGUACACGCAUAGCCAGGAGGAGGGGGGAGCCUGUCUGCUGUUUUGACUGUGUCACCUGUGGAGAGGGGGAAGUUAGUAAUGAGACUGACUCUUUAGAGUGCUUACGCUGCUCAGAGGACACAUGGCCCAAUGAAGCUAGACAUCUCUGCAUCCCAAAGACUAUUGAGUUCCUGUCUUAUCACGAGUCACUUGGGAUUGUUUUGUGUACAGUUUGUGUCCUUGGAGCUUGUAUUUCCCUCUCCAUUCUUGCUAUAUUCUUCACACACAGAGACACACCAUUGGUUCGGGCCAACAACAUGGAACUGAGCUUCCUUCUUCUGCUCUUCCUUGCUCUCUGUUUCCUUAUCGGCCUGUUUUUCAUUGGUGAGCCUUCGGAUUGGCUCUGCCGUAUCCGGUACCCAGCAUUUGGGGUCAGCUUUGCCCUCUGCAUUUCAUGCAUCCUUUCCAAGACAGUGGUGGUCCUAAUGGCUUUCAGAGCCACACUGCCUGGAAGUAAUAUCAUGAGGUGGUUUGGACCCAACCAGCAGAGAGCCAGUGUACUUUUAUGUACAUCUAUCCAGGUAAUAAUCUGUCUUAUCUGGCUGCUCAUCAGUCCACCUUAUACAAACCACAAUACAGGUUAUAAUGCCAUUAUCAUCGUUGAGUGUGCUAUUGGCUCGGAGUUUGGCUUCUGGUGUGUUCUUGGAUACAUUGGCGUGCUAGCCUGCAUGUGCUUCCUCAUGGCUUUUUUGGCUCGGAAGCUACCUGACAAUUUUAAUGAGGCAAAGUUCAUCACCUUCAGCAUGCUCAUAUUCUUUGCUGUGUGGAUUACAUUUAUACCAGUAUAUGUUAGCACAGCUGGGAAAUAUACAGUGGCUGUGCAUAUUUUUGCUAUUGUGGCUUCAGCUUUUGGCCUUCUUUUUUGUAUUUUUGCACCAAAGUGCUACAUUAUAAUUCUGAAACCAGAAAAAAACUGCAAGAAAAAUAUGAUAGGUCAAGAGCUUUCCACCGUGGUCUCCUGGUGUGGUGGAGGGCCUGCUAUUGGCCAAAAACUCCUUCAGUCCAGGGAUGUGAGCAUUGAGAGCAGCAAAGCCUACUGCCCCCUGGACAACGGCAUAGUUUAUUGGGGAAGCAAUGUAGCGAUAAGUGAUCCACCCUUCACUACCCACCCACUGGAGUCCAGUCACAUUUUGAGCAUGAAGCUCUUUGAUGAGAAUGUCAAGGAAUGUGGCCAUGCCACCAUUGCCAUAGUCACUGUUGGUUCUGAUAGCUCCUACCCAGUUCCAGCCAAAGUGCUUCACCAGCUUUGCCAGGGCUUUGCUCUGGUGGCCUGCUGUGAUCCAGGACUCACUCCCUACCCACUGUACUCCAGUGAGGUUCUGCUUCAUAGCUUCCUCCAGCAGCAUGUCCAUUUCUACAUGGGAAAGGAAGGCCACCAAAACCCUGGCACUGCCGUUACGGAUCACUCUGACCACCCUGGCAGCCUGGCUCUGGGGUGCUCCAUAUUCUUGAAGGGAAAGGGCGGGUUGACUGUUAACCAGAGGAUACAAAUGACAACUUGUAUGAGUGUGAAGGCCAGCACACUGAGUCUUCGCUGUGCAGGCCCAAACCAUUUCAUAACAUUACUGCCUGGCAGUGUAGCCCUGAAGGCCAUCAACACCACGAUAGUUUUCCCCAGAACACAUGAGAUGCAGAGGACAAAGGUGAUGCCAAAUGCUGUGUGGCGCAGCAUACAGGACCAGUCAGAGGGCCGGCCAAUGAAGGUGGCCUGCUGUGAUCCAGGACUCACUCCCUACCCACUGUACUCCAGUGAGGUUCUGCUUCAUAGCUUCCUCCAGCAGCAUGUCCAUUUCUACCUGGGCAAGGAAGGCCACCAAAACCCUGGCACUGCCAUUACGGAUCACUCUGACCACCCUGGCAGCCUGGCUCUGGGGGUGCAGGAAGGUUCUGGGGAUUCCGGUACAGCGGUGGAGCUUCAGACGGCUUCCUCAUGCCUCUCCUCUGUGAUGAAAGAGCAGGCAGAGGCAGCAGGCAAUGCUCUGUCAUCCUUCUGGGUGAGAUCCCACAAGACCAAGGUGGUGGUGUCUCGGAGGCUUCACAGAGCACUCUGCUGGUGGGGGGUCCCUGCCAACUUGAGCAAGGGGAGUGCUCUAGGGCCAGUGGUCUAUCGCCAGCUCGUGUUCACAGACGCAUCCCAGAUGGGUUGGGGUCCGUCCACGAGGGCUGUGGCAUCAAUGGCAUUUGGGCCGGACAUUGGAGCUGUGCAUGUACCGGGGCCGUUGAACUCGCCGGCAGACAUCAUGUUGAGAGGGGGUCCCCACCCAGGGGAAUGGAGACUCCACCCUCAGGUGAUCGAGGAGUUAUGGUGUCGCUUCGCCCCUCCUCCAAAGAGUUCAGGCGGAACGGGUGAGGCUGAUAUUGGUGGCUCCCCUUUGGCCCCACAUGCCAUGGUUUUCAGCGAUUCCGCCUCUGUCGGACGGGUCACCAUGGGAGCUUCCGCCCCGGAGAGACCUGCUGUCUCAAGCGAGCGGGACCCUGUUCCAUCGCUUUCCAGCGGGGCUCAGAUCGGUGGCUUGGCCGCUGAGAGGGACCGGCUCCUGGCUUUAGGGUUGCCAGGGCCUGUGGUGAAGACAAUGCAGGAAGCCCGGGCACCAUCCGCAAGGGCUGCUUAUGCAUAUCGUUGGCAGGUGUUUUCCACCUGGUGCGGAGCUCAUCAGGUGGACCCCUACCUAGCCACAGACCAGGAAAUCCUGUCAUUCUUGCAGUCCCAGCUUGAGGCGCAGAAGUCUGCCGUUACCCUGCGUGGGAUGGUGGCAGCAAUCAAGGCAGUUCGUAUUGGUGAAUACGCACUGAGCCCAAACCAUUUCAUGACAUUACUGCCUGGCAGUGUAGCCCUGAAGGCCAUCAACACCACGAUAGUUUUCCCCAGAACACAUGAGAUGCAGAGGACAAAGGUGAUGCCAAAUGCUGUGUGGCGCAGCAUACAGGACCAGUCGGAGGGCCGGCCAAUGAAGGUACAGAUCCAGCAAUGUAAGGUAAUCCCGGGCUCUAUGUCCCUGCCUGCUCUGCAGAAAAAUGGAGAUAUCAUCUUGGGUGGGCUAUUCUCUGUUCAUGACAUGGUGGUGGAGCCCAAUCUCUCCUUCACCUCUAUUCCUCCACCCACAAAGUGCACCAAGUUUAACUUCCGGACUUUUCGCUGGUUGCAGACCAUGAUCUUUGCCAUUGAGGAGAUCAACAAAGAUCAGAAGCUUCUCCCAAACAUCACAUUGGGUUAUAAGAUCUAUGACUCAUGCAGUACACCUUACCAUGCUCUGAGGGCUGCCAAUGAACUCAUGGGGGCUGAGGAGGGUUCAGAGGAUAAGGGGGAGAAAAAAGUCAAUGGCACUAAUGGCAGCUGCCAUGGGGCUGUGCCAGUGUUAAUAGGCGAUGGAGGCUCCACUCAGUCUCUAGUAGUGGCUCGUUUUCUGGGAGUCUUCCAUGUGCCUCAGGUUAGUUAUUUCUCUAGCUGUGCCUGCCUCAGUAACAAGAAAGAGUUCCCUGCCUUCUUGCGGACCAUGCCAAGUGACUUAUUCCAGGUGGAUGCACUAGUGCAACUUGUCAAGCAUUUUAGAUGGACCUGGGUGGGUGUGAUUGCAGGAGAUGAUGCCUAUGGCCGUGGUGGAGCAAAUAUCUUUGCUGAAGAGGUUGCAAAGUUUGGUGCUUGUCUUGCCCUCCAUGAAAUCAUCCCCAAGAACCAUGCAAAGGCAGCCAUGGCAGCCAUCGUUUCCAGGAUCCGCUCUUCUGGGGCUCGGGUGAUUCUGGUGUUUGCUGUGGAACAAGAUACCACAGCAUUGUUUGAUGAAGUACUCAGGCAUGAAGACCUCACAGGAAUACAGUGGCUGGCGAGCGAAGCUUGGAGUACAGCCUCUGUCCUCUCCACCCCAACCAAGUACCGCCACAUCCUCCAGGGUUCGAUGGGAUUCGCCAUACGGAGAGCAAACAUCCCUGGGCUGCAAGACUUUCUGCUUCGUCUGCAUCCCUCAAACCCGGACGCUCUUGAUAAUCCCUUCCUGAUCCCCUUCUGGGAGGAGGUAUUUGGGUGCAGCCUGAGCGUUGGCUCUGAAGGUCAGGAACAUGGAGAUGGUGGUAAACCUCCAUGUUCAGGUGCAGAGGAGCUUGGGAGUGUGAGGAACAUCUAUUCAGAUGUGUCACAGCUCAGGAUUUCCUACAAUGUCUACAAGGCUGUGUAUGCUAUUGCCCAUUCGCUUGAAGCUAUGAGACGCUGUGAGAAAGGGAAAGGGCCAUUUCCUCUGCAUGCCUGUCCAGAUAUAGAUAGCAUACAGCCAUGGCAGCUGCUUCAUUACCUAAAACAGGUGGAAUACAUGAACGCAUUUGGUGAUGAAACUAAGUUUGAUCAGAAUGGGGACCCAAUGGCCAUGUACGACCUUGUUAAUUGGCAACUUACAUCAAAAGGAGAGAUAAAGUUUGUCACUAUUGGCAAGUUUGAUAAAACUACAACAGUAGGCAAGCAAAAACUGCAGAUACAGGAAAGGAACAUUGUGUGGAAUGGUAACCAAACCACAGUCCCCUUGUCAGUGUGCAGCAGUAUUUGUUCACCAGGCACCCGGAAGGCAAUCAGACCUAACUUCCCUAUCUGCUGCCAUGAUUGUGUGGCUUGUACAGCUGGGGAGAUUAGCAAUCAGACUGAUGCAAUAGAGUGUGUACGCUGCCUGCCUGAGUUCUGGUCCAAUGCUGAGAAUACUGCUUGUAUCCCCAAAGAAGUGGAGUUCCUCUCCUUCAGUGACACCAUGGGUAUCACCUUGAUGGCUGUUGCCCUUCUUGGAUUCUUCUGUACUUGUAUAGUUGUUGUCAUAUUCUCCUGUUAUAAAUCCACCCCCAUUGUCAGGGCCAACAACUCUGAGCUGAGCUUCCUGCUGCUCUUCUCCUUGACUCUGUGUUUCCUGUGCUCUCUGACCUUCAUUGGCCGGCCCUCUGACUGGUCCUGUAUGCUGCGCCACACAGCAUUUGGCAUCACCUUUGUCCUCUGCAUCUCAUGUGUUCUGGGGAAAACUAUAGUGGUGUUGAUGGCCUUCAGAGCUACACUUCCAGGCAGUAAUGUCAUGAAAUGGUUUGGGCCUGCACAGCAAAAGGCAAUCAUUACUCUUUGCACGCUGGUCCAGGUAGUAAUAUGCACAGUAUGGCUGGUUGUGACUCCUCCCACUCCACGCCAGCUGAUGCCGCGUGAGAGUGCCAUCAUCAUUCUCUUGUGUGAUGAAGGCUCAGCCCUGGCUUUCUCCCUGGUCCUGGGCUACAUUGGCUUACUGGCCUGUCUCUGCCUCAUCCUGGCCUUCUUGGCAAGGAAACUUCCUGACAACUUCAAUGAGGCAAAACUCAUCACCUUCAGUAUGCUCAUUUUCUGCGCUGUGUGGGUAGCAUUUGUCCCUGCCUACAUCAGCUCUCCAGGGAAGUACUCUACAGUCACAGAGAUAUUUGCUAUCCUGGCCUCCAGUUAUGGGUUGUUAAUCUGUAUCUUUGCCCCAAAGUGUUACAUAAUCCUGCUAAGGCCAGAGAAGAACACUAGAAAACACUUCAUAUCCAAGAUUACCACUGAUAAUUUAUUUAGUUAA